AAUUCAAUAGGGACCAAACCACCAAUAGGGUUCUAAAAUGACUGUAAGAUCUGUAGAAUUGAAUAGAGACGGAGAUCUCUUCAAUAGCUUUUUGGAUAGUUCAAAACACCUAUAUAAAGGUUCUCAUGUAUUUCAGUCUAUAGGCCAGUUUUAUCUGCCUGUAAAAGAGGGAUAAUACCUACUACAUUGAGGGGUUAUAGUCUUAAUUGAUAUUUAUAGUGCAGUUUGAGAUCUUCAACUGAAAGGUGCAAGAGAAGCAUAAAAUACUUGGGUUGUGGAAAGAUGCCAAAAGGAAAAUAAAUUUGUCCUAAAAGGGAAUUGGGGACACUGGUUUACUGUACAUCUGACAUAUGGGGUUGAGCCUACAGCAUUCUAAGUGUGCAACAAUGAAUGUGUCUGCUGAAGAAGCAGGAGUGUGCUUGGGGCAGCAGGGCAUGGAAUUGCUGGGUGCACAUGAAAUAAACUAAUGAAUCAAGUUUGGCAACCUAGAGGCAUUACGAGGGGCUGAGUCAGGGUUUGGACCCUGAGGUCCCCUGGCAGGCCAAGAGGACCUGAGUGUGCUGUGAACAGAAGGCAGAACCUGCCCAUCUUCUUUAUAUGGAGGGGGCACCUUGGGUCAUUCCUGAGCAAUCUCCUUAAACUCCAGGAGAGGACCAUUGUUUAGCCCCAGAAGGAGCCAUAAGCACCCCACCACUGAUGGAAGGACAGAUACUAUGCUUGUCUCUGUGGACACGAGGAGCUUGUAUCCUAUCUUCUAGCCAGCGGUGCAAAAUGUGAAGCAAACACUUUUGAUGGGGAGCGUUGUUUGUACGGGGCUUUGAGUGAUGCCAUCCGACGUGUGUUGAAGGAAUACAAGCAGAUCACAGCGAAGUGCAUGAAGAGAGAUUAUUACGAUGUCUUCUUGCAGCGGCUUCUGGAACAGGGUUACCAAAGCGACAUUGUCUUCAUUGUCCAUGGGAAAUCCUUCUGUGCCCACCGCUGCAUCCUUAGUGCCCGCAGCGUAUACUUUGCAGAAAUGUUUGAGACCAAGUGGAAAGGGAAGAACAUGAUCGCAUUAAAGCACCCACUGAUCAACCCAGCGGCCUUUGGCUCCCUCCUGCAGUAUCUUUACACAGGUCGUCUAGACAUUGAUGUAGAAUAUGUGAAUGAUUGCAAGAGACUAGCCAAGCAGUGUCGGCUUCAGGAUCUCAUAGAGGAUUUGGAGAUCAAGUGUAAAAAGGUCUAUGAAUUUGUCUCUUCCAAGCCAGGGACCUGUGUGAAAGUGCUGACGAUUGAGCCCCCAGGUAACUGUCGGCUGCAGGAGGAUCUGGCUCUACUAGCAGACUGCGCCCUGCCGGCUGAACUGCGGGUGGGUUUUGGGGAGUUGCCAUUUGACAGCACUGACAACUUUAGCAGCUGUCCUGAUGUGUGUUUUCGAGUGGCAGAUUACAACUUUUUAUGCCAUAAGGCAUUUUUCUGUGGCCGCAGUGAUUACUUCAAAGCCCUUCUUGAGGAUCAUUUCAGUGAGAGCGAGGAGCUGCAGACUCAGCCCACCAUCCCUGUGGUGACCCUUCAUAACAUCUCAGAAGACAUCUUCAUCAGGGUCCUCUACUACAUCUACAGCGAUGACACUGAGCUGUCCCCAGAGAAUGCUUAUGACGUGCUGUGUGUAGCAGACAUGUACCUGUUGCCGGGGCUCAAACGCUUGUGCGGGAGAACCUUGGCUCAGAUACUUGAUGAGGACAAUGUUGUCAACAUCUGGAGGAUUGCAAAGCUGUUCCAGCUGACGCGACUGGAGGACCAGUGCACGGAGUACAUGGCAAAGAUCAUUGAGAAGCUGGUGGAGCUGGAGGAGUUUGCGGCUGCGGUGAAGGAGAAUGCUGAGGCGGUGGAGGAACGGCAGGAGACCGAUUCCAUCCCCCUGGUGGAUGACAUCCGCUUCCACAUCACCAGCAAUGUGCAGACUUACAGUGCCAUCGAGGAGGCCAACCAGAAACUAGAGGCACUGGAAAACCUCCUGGCCAGUAUAGGGCUCGAGUGCUGAAGUCUGUAAAUCCUGCUGUUGGAUGCAGAGAGCAGCCGGUGUGACCUCCAGUGGGUUGCCUCUGAGUGCAAGAACAUAUGAGUCUUAGUCAAAUGACUUUUUUUUUCUUUUUUUCUCUCCUCCUACCCACCACCUUCCCCCCCUCCCCCCCCCCCGGCAUGGUUUCCUUUUAAUUCAUUCAUGGCUGGACACUCACGUUUUUGUUUUUUUCCUUCCGUUAAUAGGAUCCCAAAGUGCAGACCAGUUUGAUAGUUACUGCUUGUACAAUAUAGCACUGAGAGGGAACUGCCAACCACAUGACUAAUGGAGCUCUAUUAAUGGACUCCAUGACAUCUGGCCCCAGGAGCUGCCCCACCCUCUUAGCCAGCAAUGCAUUUCUGAAAUUGGUUCAAACCAGGGUUCUUGUGUAGUGAUCAAGGGAACAAAAAUGGAUUAUGCUGAGUGUUAAGGAAUCUGUUAGAAUUAAACUGGCUGGUCUUUUGCUGUCAGGAUUAUGGGGAGUUAGCGGAGAGGAUGGCAUGUUAAUGGUGCACAGGAAUUUAGCCUUAGAGAGGCGCUAUCUGACUUCACCUGCUCUUCCUGUUUCUCAGUCACAAACUACUGGGAUCCUUCAAGCAUUGGCACUUGGAUUUACACCCUCCGUGUAGUAUGGAAGUUUAGGUUUUAAAUCCAUAUUCUGACAGAUUGUGACAGUGUAUCCUUGAUCAGGGGGACAUGGCUAAAUUGAAUGAUUUCUUUUCUGGAUACUUUGUUUAAUGCAUGUCCCAAAUAUAAACCUGUAGAAAUACAUUCGAGAGCAGCAGGAGAGAGACCCAGUCUGCUAAAGAGCCAGUGACUUUUCAAAGGCACUGAUGCAGAGGUACUGCCCUUGUCUCGCUCGAACAGGGGAGCAGCUCCUGUCCUCUGAGUUGCCACAUAUUCUUUUUUUGGCCUGUUGUGUAAGGAUGAAGGAGAGACUUAUCAAAGUUUAAGGGUGGGUUACAAAGAAAAGGGAGCUUUACAAGGCCUGUCGCAGUUCAUCUGUCCUAAUCUUUCGUCUUCUGACUUUACUCCGGCUUAAAAACCUUGAGUUCCUUGUUCUUCAAGAAGCUAAUUGUUCAUCCUUGCAAAUGUGUUUGGGGAUUCUUCCUCUGCCAUAGAUAUCAUUAUCUUUAGAAAUCUGGUCUCCCUUGGCUUUUAGAGAGGGAUGGUGCUGGUCUUUCCCUCUUUUCUCAACAUCAGUCAGCAGUUGCACUAAGUACAUCUCAUCAUAUGGACUAGUUCUCCGAGCCCUGUUUCCAUGCCGUUACAGCCCUUCCCUGUUACAACCCAUCCUGUCUCACUAGAUGUCCCUCUUUAGUGUUGCCCUGUUUCUAGAUACCCUCGGAGGUGGAAGUGUAGCAAGAGUUUUACUUGUCGCUCUGUUUUGUGUGACAGCAUGGCUGGAAGUUGCAAUUUUACAGGAUGUUAGGGUCAUGAAAUGACUUCAGGUUGGAUUCAGUGGUCCUGUGUGCUGAUACUGGGUGAUACUCCAAAGAGACAUUAUUGCCAGAGUACAGGCAAUUACAUCCUCUCUUUGUUAACUUGUGAGUGAGGUCAGGCUAUUUUCUUGGUGUUGGCUAGAGAGAGGAAGGGGAUCUACGGUCACAAAAUCUUGCGUGCACCCAGAUUUUGUUCUUCAUAAAUCUCCUGUCUCUUGUCACAAGGAUACACUAUGGAUGCUAGACUUUCUAGAGUUGUCAUCAGAGUCCCAAGGAUUCACUGUCAGGUUUUCCCAGAGAGCAAAGCAUGGAGACUUAACUGCUCUUACCCUUUAGACAGUCAUAGGAAGCACGUGGCUUAAUGGUGGGAGACAGAGGAAGUAUCAUAAUGUUGGAAAUUUAAUGCUGCCAAGGACUUUGAGUGGAUUCUUUCUGCCUGGGAGGGAGAAAAUUGGGCUGUAUUAGUUGCAUGAGGAAUCCUAUCAAAAUGUUGGUGCUGCUGUCACUGGUGGAUGUUGCUGUUUACAGUAACUGCAUGAUGUAGGGGUUUCAAACCACACCCUAGUGACUUGUGCUAUUGUGUGUUGCCCCUGUGCAUUGUUCAUGCAGAUAGGUGAUCUGGGUCCCCAACAGCUCCUCUGACCAUGCUUUUGGUAGCGUUUUUUCAACAUAACCAAGGGAAGGGAUUUAAGUUCCCCUGUAUGGCAAGGACUGUGUUAUGUGGGCUUUAUGUUGUCCUUUCCCAUCUGCUAGCCUGGCUUCCGAAGUGGCUUGGACAGCUAAUGAAAUUGCAUAUGAUUGUCUUGGUUUAGUUAUGAUUAUGAAGUUCCUACAUAGUUUGGCUAAGGCUCCAAAAGGCUCAGUGUGGGUAGAGUAGUGGGUAUUGCCGGCGGGGUUGAGCUGUAUCAGCAGAGUUGUGCGUGGAAGCCCAAGAAUAGACUAGCAGGUCAGGACUGAGAUGCGUUGUCAGAGCCAAGAGUUUUCAGCUAUGUACUGGCUCUCCCAGCCUCCAGAGGAUUCUUCUUAUCCAUAUUUAUGUGGCGUCUCCUGCAGACGAGGCAUCUUUGGGGAAGAGAGUGUCUCUGGAGGGUGUUGAGCUAUUCGAGCAGGAUCUGCCUCUAUUUCUGUUAGAAAUUCCUUUGGGGAAACAGGUGAGUUUUCUGGCUUGCUUUUUGCAGGCAGGUGCCAGCAUCUUGGUUCCAUAGUGUGCAUGCCUGGUCCUGUAUCAGAAUAAUGACAUGGAAAGAGGAACUGUAUGUUCUGCUCCUUAAAUGUGUGUAUUUUAGAACACCCUAGGUCUGUGUACUUCCGUAUCCAUCUACAGAGCACAGAUUAGCAUUGGCUGAAGGACAGAACGACAGGACAAUGAAGUUCUGAGAGCCAAAAGUAACCUGCAGCUGGUGAAGCGUGUCUCAAUUUAAGAUGUGGGGGGAAGGGCUGGUUAGACUAAUGCUAAAUCCCUUGUAUUUUGUGUCAGGGGAAGGAGUGUGUGUUGUCUCACCCUCUGAGAUGUAAGCUCUUUAAAGCCCGCAAAACCUGUUAUUCAGAAACAACCUUCUAGCUAAACUGGUACGAUUCACCUGUCUUUCUCUUCCCUUUAUUACUAAAUAUGACUUUGUAUAUAAGCAUGAGGCUCAGGUUUUUAUCACCUCUUCUCUGCUCCUGCUGUAUACAUUUCUCAAUCACUCUGCUUGCAACACAACCUUCCUUUUCACAGCAACUGUUGUGACAUCCCCCCCCUUCCACCCAGAAGACUACGGGCCACCAAUUUAGAUGGAUUUACACCAGCAGUGAAUUUGGCUUUUGCCCUCAGAGCAUGGUGUGUGUUGGAAGUAAGAUUCAGGAGCAGGACUGUUGAAAAAACACUAUCCUUUUUCCAUUCAGGUAUCUUAACUUUUAAAGUAAAAAGGAGAGUGGUACAAAAAUGGGUGAAAUGGCAGCCACACAGUUUGUAAGUAUUUUCCAUGCAGCUGUUCUUAAAUGUGUCCAUUCCUGUCCCUUUAAGCAGGGAACCACUUAGAAGUUGUAAUUUGUGGGAUUAAAGGUCAAUGUGGCCUUUUUAUUUUCCUCCCUGGUAAUGCAGUUUUGUUAAAUGUGCUGGAUGAAUUCGGUACACCUUGUCUGUCCAGCUGUACAUAGUGGCUACAUCUCUGAACUAAACUGGAUUGUCCAAUUACUGAGUAUCUAGGGCUCCUUCAUCUCUCUGAAAAACAGAUAAGCAGGUGGUUAAGAUACAGAACAAGCUCCUUAAUUGUAAAAUAAAUAAACUAGUUUGUAACAUGUGUUGAACUCACUUUAGUGUUGCAAAUAAUUUUAUUGCAAGAUGAAAAAUUAGGAUUUCUCUUCUGUUAGUCUUUUUUUGUGUUCUGUUCUGCUAUCCCCAUCCUCUUAAUUUACGAUUAGCACUUUCUUGAAAUAAGAAAAUUGUAAAGUUUAUCAGAGCAGCAAUAUAUUAUAAUAAAAAUAUUUAAAAAUGUAAUGUGUGAGCAUGUGUGCAGCAAUAAAAAAAAAAAGUAUAUUUCA